AUGUCUAAUUUUACAAAUGCUAAACCAUAAAGAAAAUAUAGAGAAAGAUCAUAACCUACAGCUAGAUAAUCUCUAGGUAUUUUAGAAAAGCAUGGUGAUUAUAAAAAGAGAGCUAUAAAUUAUUAAAGAAAGAAAGAAUAAUUACAAAAAUUGUAAUUGAAGGCUGCUCUACGAAAUAAAGAUGAGUUUAAUUUUAGAAUGCUUAAGAGCAAAGUUAAGGAUGGCAUAGUGUAUGAAGAUUAAAAUGAGAGCAGCGGAGACGAAUAAGAAAUCCUUAAAUAAAUUAAAACUUAAAAUUAAAAUUUACUUAAAGCGUCUAUUUAACAAAAAGAAAAAUUAACUGAAAAGCUCAAGUAAGAUUUAGCCAUGGUAUAAUUUGAGUAACCAACACACAAAUUCUUUUUGAAAGAAGCUAGAAAAAAGAGUUUUGAUUAAGUUGAAGACAAAAUACAGGUCGAAGCAUAAUAAUCUGCUCCAAGUUUUGAAUUAGCUUAAAAGAUAACUAAGUUAACUGAGACAUUGUAUGAGAAGGAGAGAAUGAAACGCUUUUAUGUGGCUAUUACAAAAUCUAAAACUAAAGAUAAUGUUACAGCAAAGCCACAUUAAAGAAAAAGAAUCAAGAAAGGCAAAGGAAAAGGAUUGUUUGAGAGAAGUAGAUGA